UGUGAGUUGAUGAGGCAGGAAGGUGGGGAGGAAUGCGAGGAAUGUCCCUGUUUGUGUAGGACUCCAUUCAGCUCAUUGGCGAGCCGGGGCCGCCCGGAGCGUAUAAAAGCCGGGGCCGCCCGCCCCAGCCGCACACCGCCACUCUUCCCGCAGAGAGCAGCAGCCUGCCGCCCAACCCGGCCCGCCCGCUCCCCCGACGGCAGCCGCCCGGCAGACACUCCGCGACCACAGCCCGCCGGCCAGGCCCCCGGCCGACCCGAGCCCGAGCCCGAUCCGGAUCCGGAUCCCCCGCCGCCCGCCCGGCCCCCGCGCCCUCGCCGCUGCGCCCACCUCUGCGCCCCGACCAUGUCCGCCGCCGGCCCGGGCCCCGUGCGCCUCGCCUUCGCGCUCCUCUUCGCCCUGUGCAGCCGGCCCGCCGCCGGCCAGGACUGCAGCGCGCGGUGCCAGUGCCCCGGCGCCCCGGCGCCGCGCUGCCCAGCCGGUGUCAGCCUCGUGCUGGACGGCUGCGGCUGCUGCCGCGUGUGCGCCAAGCAGCUGGGCGAGCUGUGCAGCGAGCGCGACCCCUGCGACCCGCACAAGGGCCUCUUCUGCGACUUCGGCUCCCCCGCGAACCGCAAGAUCGGCGUGUGCACCGCCAAAGAUGGUGCCCCCUGCAUCUUCGGAGGGACGGUGUACCGGAGCGGAGAGUCCUUCCAGAGCAGCUGCAAAUACCAGUGCACUUGCCUGGACGGGGCGGUGGGCUGCGUGCCCCUGUGCAGCAUGGACGUUCGCCUGCCCAGCCCUGACUGCCCCUUCCCGCGGAGGGUCAAGCUGCCCGGGAAAUGCUGCGAGGAGUGGGUGUGCGACGAGCCCAAGGACCACACCGUGGUUGGCCCCGCCCUCGCCGCCUACCGACUGGAAGACACGUUUGGCCCAGAUCCAACUAUGAUUCGGGCCAACUGCCUGGUCCAGACCACAGAGUGGAGUGCCUGUUCCAAGACCUGUGGGAUGGGCAUCUCCACCCGCGUUACCAAUGACAACGCCUUCUGCAGGCUGGAGAAGCAGAGCCGCCUCUGCAUGGUCAGGCCUUGCGAAGCUGACCUGGAGGAGAACAUUAAGAAGGGCAAAAAGUGCAUCCGUACCCCCAAAAUCUCCAAGCCUGUCAAGUUCGAGCUUUCUGGCUGCAGCAGCGUGAAGACAUACAGGGCCAAGUUCUGCGGAGUGUGCACCGACGGCCGGUGCUGUACCCCCCACAGAACCACCACCCUUCCCGUGGAGUUCAAGUGUCCUGACGGCGAGGUCAUGAAGAAGAGCAUGAUGUUCAUCAAGACCUGUGCCUGCCAUUACAACUGUCCCGGAGACAAUGACAUCUUUGAGUCACUGUACUACAGGAAGAUGUAUGGAGACAUGGCAUAAAGCCAGAGACAGUGAGAGACAUGAACUCAUUAGGCUGUAACUUGAACUGAUUCACAUCUCAUUUUUGUGUAAACAUGAUGACUUCAGUAGCACAAGUUAUUUAAUUCUGUUUUUCUAACUGGGGGAAAAGAAAAAUUCCCACCAAAUUCAAAAUACUGUGCUAUGUGACAUUCAAACAAAUAGUCUAUCAACCCCAGACACUGGUUUGAAGAAAGUGAGACUUGACCGUGGGACUACAGUAGCGCAUAGCACCAGAAUGUACACUAAGGUGUGGCUUGAGGAGCGGUGGGAGGGCAUCAGUAGAAAGGCUUGUCAUCUUAAAGUUGGAAUGCGCCUGCUAUUUGGAGUGUCAUUAAGAAAGAAAAUUUUAGCACGCUCACUGACUGCCUGUAGCUCCAGCGACAGCUAGGAUGUGUGUUCUCCAGCCAUCACGGGGCUGAGUCAAGCCCCGAGGCAGGACAGCAGAUUCAGCUCUGACAUUCUGAUUCGAAUGACAGUGUUCGGGAAUCAGAAUCCUGUCUAUUAGACUGGACAGCUUGUGGCAAGCUAAUUCGCCUGUAACAAGCCAGACUUUUUUAUUGAUAUUGUAAAUAUUGUGUGUAUAUAUAUAUAUUUGUACAGUUACCUAAGUUAAUUUAAAGUUGUUUGUGCCCAGGUUUAUGUUUUUAAUGCUUUGAUAUUUCAAAUGUUAGCCUCAGUUCUGAACACCAUAGGUAGGACGUAAAGCUUGUCUGAUAAUUCAAAGCAUGAAAUGGAGAUCCUGCUCAGGUGGAGGGACAGUCCAUCAAAACAGAGUGUUGGCUGAAGGUGAGGCAGCAGUGUCCUUGAAGUCUGAUUUGUAGGCUGGCAAUAUGGGAGCCUCACUUUGAGUAAACAAAUGGCCUUUAUUAAAAAAUGAGUGGCUCUAUAUAGCUGAUCAGUUUUUCCACCUGGAAGCAUUUGUUUCUAUUUUGACUACGACUGUUUUUUGGACAGUUUAUUUGUUGAGAGUGUGACCAAAAGUUACGUGUUUGCACCUUUCUAGUUGAAAAUAAAGUAUAUAUUUUUUCUAUAAA